AUGGCCCCCGCCAGACCAUUGAAACGGCAAAAGACCAACCCGGCCCAGGAAUCGCGUUCAGAGUCAUCGUUCCAAGCGCAGGCCCAGCAGGCUGCCAGCGUGCCUCUUCCCCCAGACACUCCUCCCGCCCCAAGCCCUUCCACUCCGAAACAAGAUCAAAGAUCGUCAUGGCUCGCUCGAACCUGGCCACGCAAGGCUCCUCCUAUAACCCAGACGCAUCGCGAAAGCGUCUCCUCCGCCUCCACGUCCUCGACUCCCGCUCCAUCUUCCACGACGACCACAGCCACGGAGGCUCCCUUACCACAGAAAGAGAAGAUAAAGUCCCACAGAUCGCCCUCAUUGGCAAUGACCCUCGGGAAAUCAACUUCAAACCGCUCCCUCCCUAUAGAUGCCACUACGACUCUCGUCUAUGCCACUUCAGAAGCCGCCACUUCAUCAGGUAAAAAGGAUUCACAGAUGGAGUUGACCUCCAAGACCACGGACGGCGGAAAUGCAUCCAAGCCUGCCGCAGAUGGCCCACCAAGACCAGAGAAGACGGAUACCAGUCCACUCCAACAAGAGGUAGUUGCGGAGCCCACACCAGAGAUCUCACAACCCACUGUACCUCCACAACAGACACAAGAGUCACAAAGCUCGUGGCUGGGCUGGUUAGGAAAAAGAGACGGCAAUCCAACGAAACCCGCAGAAGAACAACCACCUCCUACCAAGCCCGUGGAAGAGUCCGAGACUACUGCUGCAGUCAACACAGUCACAGAGCCCACAACUCCCCCUCAGCAAGUGCAAGAGCCGUUGAAUUCCCCUACAGUGACCAGCAACAAACGAAGCUGGUAUCAAAUGUGGAGCAGCGGUGAUCAACCCAGUAGCGGGCCGACCAAGCAACCAGAACCUCCAACAGAACCACCACAGUCCAGUACCAUAGAAAGGGUCGAGAAUACAGAAACGGCAAAUGUGAAGACAGAAAAUCUCGACAUUCCACUGCCAAAAACACCCAAGGGAAAGGAGGGGUCUCAAGCCUCGUCCCUUGAAACCUCCCCUCCGCCACAACUUCCUGGUGACGGGUCCAAAUCCUCAGGAUGGGUAUUUUGGUCUCGAGAAAAGAAACGCCCUGCAUCUACUGCGUCUACAACAUUGGAGAGUGAGCCCCAUAUUGGGGAAAUUGCGAUAUCAAACACGCCAUCUCAGGGCCGGCCAAAACGAGCCUCCAUCAGUCUCCAAGAAGAGGGUGCGAAACCCGUGGUGAGGCCACCGACACAAGGAGAGCAGUCAAAGAAACCCACAGGCAAGAAACCCCCCGAAACAAAGCAACAGCCGGCGACAGGGGAGAAGCGCACCUCCGUGGCACAGAAGAAAGCCGUUCCCGCGAAGGGGGAACCUCUGACCACCAAAGCCAAUUCAUCCAAUGCUACAGCCACCGCACGAGAACCCGCCAAAGCUUCAACACCGCGGUCAGCGUCUCCCAUGCCGUCGAAGAAAGAACAGGAGGGUCCUAAUUUGCUCCUCCCCAAUCUCAAUGACACGCUCACCUUCGAAGAACAGCCCUCACUCCUCCAGCAACUGGCGCGUCUCCUGUACUACACCAAGGAAUCUGGUCAACCGAGACACCUCUCUCUACUGAAAGAGCCGCCUCGGAUAAACAAUGCUCUGGCAAUUGGUGUUCAUGGCUACUUCCCCAGUCCCAUGGUUCGGUCGCUCCUGGGUCAACCCACGGGCACCAGCAUAAAAUUCGCCGAAAAAGCUGCACAAAAUAUUCGCAGAUACACCAAGUCUCGGGGAUAUGACUGUGAAGUUAAGACCGCCGCCUUGGAAGGCGAAGGACGAAUCGCCGAACGUGUCGAACUGUUGUGGAAGCUCCUCCUGAACUGGAUCGACGAGAUCCGAAGAUCCGAGUUUGUCAUGAUCGCAGCUCAUUCCCAAGGAGUCCCGGUGGCGAUAAUGCUCGUGGCCAAACUGAUUCAUUUCGGCUGUCUCUCGCCCAACGCCCGCGUUGGCAUCUGCGCCAUGGCCGGUGUCAAUAUGGGUCCUUUUCAGGACUACAAAUCUCCCUGGAUAACGGGUUCCGCAGGGGAAUUGUUCGAAUUCACAGACCCUAACUCCAAAGUGUCCAAAGACUACAUGGCUGCCAUCGCCGACUGCCUGAAAUUUGGUGUCAAAGUCACUUUUGUGGGGAGCAUUGAUGAUCAACUGGUCUCGAUGGAGUCGUCGAUCUUUGCACCACUCACGCAUCCACACAUCUACCGCGCCGUCUCCAUCGACUCGAGAAUCCACGCUCCCAACUUUCUGAGUAAUCUUGUGGGGUUUGUAUUGAAGCUGAGGAAUGUGGGCGUGCCGGAUCACGGACUCAUCCGAGAACUCUCCACGCCUCUGGCAGGGUCACUAUACACGGGAGAGGGUCAUUCGAGACUCUACGAAGAUGACGCCGUGUACCGUCUCGCCAUUGCCUUUGCUCUGGAGACCACCUCCACCAAGGACGUGCCGAUCUCCAGCUCGAAACGCCAGGCCCUCUCGACCAGCACUGGCAGCGGCAGCGGUGGCAGUGGCAGCAGCAGUGCGUCCACGAACCCGUACAUCCUGCCGUUCGCCAUGCGUGGGAUCCUGGAAGAAGACAUUGUGAAGAAGGACCUCCGCGACGAGGCCAGACAGCUCCUCGAGCAGUUCGACGAGUGGGAACCUAAAACGAAAGUGUUGAAGGAUGUCAAAUUCCGCCUCGAGGGCAUUAGAUUGCAGUUGCACUAG